UCAGUGACAGCAAAAAUAUAUAACAGGUAUAUAUAUUACACCCAGGUUGUGAGUGUUGACCAUGCCUCUACUCAACGAUAUUCUUAUCUUCAGCUACUACUGCUGCUACUGCGCAAUCGUUCUUCUAGACUGGUUACUCCAUGUCGUCCUGGGGCGUCGCUUUACUCCGCUCACAGAGGACAGCCUGCUCCGAGAUCUGUCUCUUAACGACCGCCGUUUGCUGCUGUCCGACAAUCUUACUGGGCGCUGGUGGUACCAGGGGUUCACUCAACUGUUGAAAUGUUACCGUGAAGAUGACACCUGCUCGGUGGCUGGGAGGAUGAGGAUAGAAAUCAGAUGGAAGGAAAUAAUAAAGAACAGACUUGCUAUAUCUAGGCGACUACCGACUGUGGACUUGACCAAGUGCCAUAUCAAGGAGCCUAUUUUCAUCAUUGGGCCAACGCGUACGGGGACAACCUUUCUGCAGAGCUUGCUGUACCAGGACCCGCGGAACACUACACCACUCUUCUACGAGUUGAUGUGCCCCGUGGAGGAGAACACAGACGCUGUGAACGCUGGGAAAGAUCCACGUGUUCUCAUGUUCAGUUUCUUUCUAGAAGCCGCAUACCGAGGUAAGCGACUGUUUAGAAACAUUCACAACAUCCAGGCCAAGAGUCCUCACGAGUGUGUCCCUUUGUUCGAAAAUAUGGGGAUAUCUAAGGCUUACCAAGGGAUAAGCGGUAACAGUGGACCAUACAGAGACUGGGUGCGCGCUCGAACCAAGGAAGAGAUGGUGGAAGCCUAUCGUUUCCAUCGAUUGCAACUUCAGCUUAUUCUUUUAGCAAGAAUUAAAUCGUACUGA